GACAAACCUCUCAACUUCCUCGAUUCAUGGCCAGUCCUGGGGCCGUCCAUGGAGUAUGUCAGUUCUAUGGGCUCAAAAUGAAGUCGUUAGAGGAGGUUCUUUCCUAUGAGAGGCGGGGGGUAGAGAGUCCGGCACCCUACGUCAACUCUGUGUCUACUACGCAAAAAAGCAAUCACCGAUGAAACCAACGUAGAAUCUAUUGAAUCUACUAUCGUUACCCAUCCUCCUUACAACCGGACUCUCAUUACCUUGGUGCAUCAGAAUGAAUUCUGGCUGUCAGCCUCGUUGGAGUCGUUCCAAGGACAAUUGUGUAGCAAUGACAUCAUGGAUUUGAGAGGAGCAUUUAAAAGGAGGACUGUUGCUGUUGUAUCCUCACUUUUAAAGACCAACCACAACUAUGGCAGCCUCCAGAAGCCCAGGACUUGCAAUUGCUACCGCCGCUGGAAUCGCGAUUUCAGCAGGCGCCAUGUAUGCCAUGCAUAAAGAUGUGAAAGCAGUAGAGGGGAAUGCUUCUGCGUACAAAACCGAGGACGAAAAACGUAACACAGCAGGAAUAUCUGAUAAACGAUUAAGCUCUUCGGAUGUUCAACAGAUAGUGUCCACUAAUUCUACAAGAGCCAAAUAGCGAGCAUGCUGUUUUAAAUAUAAUUUAUUUGCCGAUGAGCUGUC